AUGGACACAGAUGACCCCCUGUUACAAGAUGCUUGGUUUGAUGACAAUGAGGAUGAGGAAUCCCUUGGAUCACCAGUUUGCACUAGUUUACAUUUAAAAUCGAAGACUUUAAAGCAUAUCAUUCCGGCUUGCGGAUUUUGGAACAUAGUAGGCUGGAUUUUUACCAAUGCUUAUUGUGCAGCAUUCUUGCUGACCUUAGGAUGCUUGGUUCCAGUAGCUCUCUCUAUUGUAAUGUUCAUUUAUUAUCCUACUCUAGAUAUUGAUAUUUCCUAUAAUGCAUUUGAAAUUCAAAACCAUGAAUCCUCUCAGCGCUUUGAUGCACUCACUCUUGCUCUUAAGUCCCAGUUUGGAACUUGGGGGAGAAACAGAAGAGAUGUAGCAGACCUUACAUCUGAAACAUUGCAGAGAUUAAUCUUUGAGCAGCUGCAGCAACUCCAUCAGAAUGCCUCCAAGCAAGGCACUACUUCGAGAGUGAAACGCAGCUCUACUAGGCACAACACAACACAAAGAAUCAAUGUUACAAAAACUGAGACAUCAAUGAGCACUGUUGGGAAUCAGGCUCGUCACCCAAGAGGAGAUUCUAGAGGGGACAGUGCAGGUAAUUUUGUGACUCCAGUUACCCAAAGCCAUGCCCAUUGGCGCGUUGAGCUUAUAUUUUUAGCAAGAGGAGAUUCGGAGAAUAACAUAUUUACAAAAGAACGCCUAAUGACUAUUCACAAGAUUGAAAGGAAGAUUAUGGACCAUCCACACUUCAGAGAAUUUUGUUGGAAACCACAUGAAACGCUAAAGGACCUUCCUCUUGGAUCUUACUCAUAUUGCUCACCUCCCAGUUCCCUUCUCACCUAUUUCUUCCCCACUGAAAAAGGUGGAAAAAUCUAUUAUGAUGGAAUGGGUCAGGAUUUGGCUGAUGUUUAUGGUUCGUUAAAGCUGGCAAUGACCCAUCCUGAAUUUUACUGGUAUGUGGAUGAAGGACUAACUACGGAAAAUCUCAAAAGCUCUCUUCUUCGCAGUGAAAUAUUGUUUGGUGCACCACUGCCUAAUUAUUAUUCAGUAGAAGAUCGAUGGGAGGAGCAACACAGAAAGUUUCAAAAUUUUGUCACUUCUUACAUUAAUAUCUUGUCUAAAGAAUCUACGAGUAAAGUGCAGGUGCUUUAUGGUGGGACAGAUCUCUUUGAUUAUGAAGUAAGAACAACAUUCAACAAUGAUAUGCUAUUAGCCUUCAUCAGCAGUAGCUGCAUUGCUGUGCUAGUUUACAUCCUUACUUCUUGUUCAGUGUUCCUGUCCUUCUUUGGGAUUGCCAGCAUUGGCCUGAGUUGCCUUGUUGCCCUUUUCCUGUAUCAUGUUGCUUUUGAGAAACAGUAUCUUGGAAUUCUGAAUGGAGUGGCUGCAUUUGUCAUUGUUGGCAUUGGAGUGGAUGAUGUAUUUGUCUUUAUAAACACUUAUAGACAAGCUGAUCAGUUUGAGGACCCCCAGCUUCGUAUGAUUCACACAGUGAAAACAGCUGGAAAAGCAACAUUUUUUACCUCAUUGACCACGGCUUCUGCCUAUGCGGCAAACAUUUUCUCCCAGAUUCCUGCUGUCCAUGACUUUGGCCUUUUUAUGUCCUUGAUAGUCUCUUGUUGUUGGGUGGCAGUCCUGUUUGUGAUGCCAGCUGCUCUUGGAAUAUGGAGCAUCUACAUUUCACCCCUGGAGAGUUCAUGCCGUUCAAGUUGUAGUGAAAAGUGUCUAAGGGACAACAAUUUGGACAUAUAUGAGGAUCUGCUAUUGGCACAGGACCCACCAUCCAGAUCAGUUCAGAGCACAGCCCAGUACAUAGAUGAUGAUAUUCCUCUCUUGACAGUAGAAGAUGAAUUUGUGACUUUGGAAUUUGAAGAUGUUCCUUUGGUUUCUGUCCUGCCUUUGGAACAAAAGACUGAAAAAGACAGAAGAGAUCAUGUGAUAUGGUGGCUCCAAGGCUUUUUGCAUCAUAGUGUGAUGUGGACAACAGCUCGAGGUCGAUAUAUCACUGUUGGUUGUUUUGUUGCAAUACUUAUAUUUUCUAUAGUUUUUGCCACUCGUCUUCAUCCAGCCAGCAGGGCACCUAUUCUUUUCAAACCAGAUACCAAUAUACAGUUGCUACUGGACCUGAAAUACAACUUAAGUGCAGAAGGAAUAUCCUGCAUUACUUGCUCAGGCUUAUUUCAGGAGAAGCCACGCAGCCUUCAGAACAACAUACGGACCUCAUCAGAGAAAAAAAAGAGGGGCUCAUUCUCACAAUGGAGUACUCGAGCAGCUAAUAGUGACAAUGUGCAUCAGGAUUUGCAAAGAACGGUGUAUAUUACAAAAUGUAUGUGGGAAGAACGGAUUACAAUAUAUAGGCUUUCUUACAAUGCCUCUUCCAUACCACCCUGGCAGCCAAUGCUCCCUGGAGAGGAUGAUGUCUCCACAUUUCAGGUAUAUAAGGUUCCUUAUGGUAACUUCACUUGGAAGCUGACAGCUUGUAUGUCCACCUUAGGCCUUAAUAGGGGGAUGUGCCCCAAGAAAUGGAUGUUAACAUCAUCUGCUUGUGACACCAAAAGAGGCUGGAAAUUUGACUUCAGUUUCUAUGUUGCAGAAAAAGAGCAGCACUAUACAAGAAAGCUCUAUUUUUCUUUAAUACAUAAAAACCCUUCUCAUGGUAAAGUAUGCACAUCUUCAACUAAUUGCCUUGGUCCAGAUGGAGCAAAUAAAGGUCAUUUUUAUGUUCCCAGUGAUAAAGGAAGUCCAAGAAAAUUAUCUGUGACCCUUGGUUUUAACCCAUGUUUAAACCCAGGCUGUGGGAAGCCUGCUGUUCGUCCUCUUGUAGACACUGGGGCUAUGGUAUUUGUAGUGUUUGGGAUUAAAGGAAUAAAUCGUACUACAGCCCCAGAUAAUCAUGUCAUAGGAGAGCUGGGCAGGGUAAUUUAUGACGACAAAUUUGACCUCUUCAAAGAGAUUGGCCACCUCUGCAGGCUGUGCAAAGUCAUUGCAAGCAAUUUAGAGCUGGUAAAGAGUGGUGGUGCACAGUGCCUCCCAUCUGGUUAUAGUAUAUCAUCCUUUCUUCAAAUGUUACAUCCAGAAUGCAAAAACAUUCCAGAACCGAACCUGCUUCCGGGACAGCUCUCACAUGGUGCUGUGGGAUUGAAGGAUGCAAAGGUCCAGUGGAUUUCUAUGGCCUUUGAAUCAACAACCUACAAGGGCAAAUCAUCCUUCCAGACAUACAAAGAUUAUUUAAAAUGGGAGUCAUUUCUUCAAGAGCAGCUCCUGCUUCUCCCUGCCGACUCUGCCUUAAAACAUGGAUUUCAAACAUGCGAGCACUGGAAACAGAUUUUUAUGGAGAUAGUAGGAGUACAGAGUGCCCUGUACGGACUCAUUCUGUCCCUUCUUAUUUGCGUGGGUGCUGUAGCUAUCUUUACCACUCAUAUUCUGCUGCUGCUGCCAGUGCUGCUUACAAUCUUAGGUGUUGUCUGUCUUGUAGUGGCCAUCAUGUAUUGGCUUGGGUGGGAAAUGGGUGCAGUUGAAGCAAUUUCCCUAUCUAUCCUUGUUGGCUCCUCAGUAGAUUACUGUGUCCACUUGGUGGAAGGAUAUCUGCUAGCAGGGGAAAAUCUUCCACAGCACCUGAUUGAGGAUCCACUUGCUUGCCGUCAGUGGAGAGCAUUGGAGGCAGUCCGCCAUGUUGGUGUUGCCAUUGUAUCCAGCGCAGUUACAACCAUUAUAUCUACCAUUCCACUCUUCUUUUGCAUUAUAGCCCCUUUUGCCAAAUUUGGAAAGAUUGUCGCCCUGAACACAAGCAUCUCCAUUGUGUACACUUUGGCAGUUAGCACAGCCCUUCUCAGCACAAUGGGACCCUGCACCUUUGUACGGAGUCGGACUUCAUUUCUCAAAGCCACAUUAUGGGUUGUCUUUUGUGCUGCUGGAAUAUUUGCUCUUUAUGUUUUAUUGAUGAAAGUUGGGCUGAGUAUUCCUAUUUUAAAUGGGUCCUCUCAUUAGCAAAAGCCCUCUUUGUAUUCUGUAUAUGUAAAGCUUUUUCUACAAAUUUUUUUCUGAAGGCUAAUAUUUCAGAGUGUAAACACAGAGAGCACUCUACUUUUUUUUACUAAAAUGCACUUUAUUUUUUUCUUGUAAUGAUGCAUAAAACAGCAGGCAAAGAGCUUACUAUUGUCUCUUAUAUGUACCUGUGGUACAUGUUUUACAGCAUGAAACCAUCUUACAAAUGUGCUGUUUAGAACACACUAAUCAUUUCUCUCAAUAUUGUCAUGAUUGGCAUAGCAAUUGCAUUAAAGGCACAACAUAAUUAGCACCUAUAAUGUAGAUAGAAAACUACAAGCACAGAUCUAUGUUACUCAGUUGGCUCCUGUUGCUUUUCUGACAUCACUAAAGCUGUUUAUUAUAAAGCCUUGUUACUGCUGGUGAAAUUGGAUGGUAUCAUCAGCAUUACCCCAUCCUCUAAUACUUGUUUUAUGGCAAAUACACAUCAAAGCCUUAACCAAGUUGUGUCAAUACUGUACAUUAGUAGGGGCUAGAGGCGUUAAUAUUAUGACCAUCAAUGUGAGCUAUUGAGCCAAAAGCCUAAACUGCUAAUAUCUCUAAAAACUAAUAAACAAUAGAAAAGUGUGCAAGAUGACUGAAAAAGUUUACAUUAAUAUCUUUUUUAGUUUAGAUUGUGGUAUUUACAAUAGAAUUAUAAGUUGCCUUUACAAAUUUAUAAGGAAUACGGGGUCUAUUUACCAAUAGUUGGUUGUAAUGGUACAAAAAAACUUGAACUUUAGAGGUUCAGCGCUUUUUUCCAUUUGUAGUUUUUAUUCGGAUCUUUUAAUACAUUUCAUGGCAUUCAUUUUUUUAGAGAAAUAGAGAUUGGUUUCAAAAAGCUCUAAUACCACUAAAAUUAGACCUUUAAUAAAUGGGCCUCUAUGUGAAUUCUAGGUCAUAUCUGAUCUCAAAAAUUAUAGAUAAUAUAUCUCUUAAAAUUGUAAUAGUAUCCAGCAGAAUGAUUGAUUCA